AUAUACACAGAAAGUCCUCUUCUUUACUGUCUUUCAUUCUUGCAAAAACAAACAAAAAAACCCAUCUUUCACCUUCUUUAAUUUCUUCUUCUUCAACCUCAUAAAUACCUUCCCUUAAGCAAAUCACAAACACCCAUUUUUCUUAUUCCAAAUAUAUAAUAGUAUUUGUUCAACUUCAUUAUAUUCUUGAAAAAAUAUUACCAAAAGCAAAGUUCUUUCUCCUUUUUUUUAAGCUUUUUAGUGUGUUUUACAGCUAUUUUGUGCAUAUCACAAACACCCUUUUUUUUCUUCUUUCAAAAAUAAUAUAACAGAAAAAAAAGUUUUCUUUCUUUGCUCUCUUCAUUCUUGAAAAAACAAACAAACAAACAAAAAAGCUCUUGUUAUAGUAGCUUUCAUCCUUUCUGCUGCUUCUUGGUGAUUCAAACUCACAAUCUCAAGAUCAGAUGUGAGGGGGGUUUGUUAUUAUUAUCCGAGCAACUCCCUCUUAUCGGCAAAAAACUCAUCUUCAUUCUUGAGUUUUUUUUUUUUUAAAAAAAACUUGCUUACUAUUCGAGCAACUCCCUCUUUUCGGAGGAAAGCUCAUCUCGUUGAAUUUUUUUUUUUUAAAAAGCUUUUGCUAACGUGCGUGCUAUUCGAGCAACUCUUUAUCGAAAAAAGCUCAUCUUCAUUCUUGAAAAAAAAAGAUUUAAAAAAGCUUUUAGUCACGUGCUCACUGUCCGAGCAACUCCAUCAUAUAAAACACCCUUUUUCUUCAUUGGUUUAUUCAUUCUUGAAAUACCCAAAAAAAAAAAAAAAACUAUUUUUCUUUCCCUUUUUUUCUUCCUCAAAAACACCCUUUUCUUCUUUGGUUCUCUUCAUUCUUGAUUUUUAUUUUCAAAAAAGCACCUAGUCUUUCAUAUAGUGAAGUUUCUAUUUUAGUGUCUAAUUACUAUAUGUGUAAGAAAAUGAUGCAUUACAAGAGAUAUCAUCAUUGGAAUAAGAAAGGGGAUGUGUUAGUAGUUUGUGUAGAUGAAGAUAUUACUACCCCUCUUGGUUUAGUAUGUGGAAACAAUCAUAAAAAAACUAAACCAAAAAUUUAUUAUCUUCUUUUUCUUUGUUUAAUCUCUUUUAGCUUCUUUUUAGCUCCUCAAUUCUUCACUUCUCCUCAUGGAUUUUCUCUUUUGUAUUCAUUUAGUUCUGAUGAUGGAGCACUUGUUUCUAAAAGUGAUGUAAAUGUUUGUUCUUCUGUCUCUAAUGGGACAAUAUGUUGCGAAAGAAGCAGUAUUCGAUCUGAUAUAUGCGUAAUGAAAGGAGACGUUAGGACAGAUUCUGCUUCGUCGAGAAUUACCCUCUACAGGAACAAUGAUGAGGUACUUCGGCAUGAAAAGAUUAAGCCGUAUACUCGGAAAUGGGAAAAGAGUGUGAUGGAUACCAUCGAUGAGUUAGACCUUGUCGUGAAGGGAGAGCAUUCCGGGAUUCAUCAAAAAUGUGACGUUAAGCAUGACGUGCCUGCUGUGUUUUUCUCUACUGGAGGUUACACCGGUAAUCUUUACCACGAGUUCAACGAUGGGCUAUUGCCCCUUUACAUCACUUCUCAGCAGUUCAACAAGAAGGUUGUGUUUGUAAUCCUUGAGUAUCAUAAUUGGUGGAUAAUGAAGUACGAGAACGUAUUGUCUCACCUCACCGAGUAUCCUGUUAUAGAUUUUCGCGGAGAUAAGAGGAUUCAUUGCUUCCCUGAAGCCGUAGUUGGUUUAAGGAUCCACGAUGAGCUAACCGUUAGUUCUUCUUUGAUGGUAAACGAUAAGUCCAUUAGAGACUUUCGAGACCUUUUAGACCGUGCUUAUUGGCCUCGUAUUAAAGGUUUGGUACAAGAUGAGGAACGUGAAGCUCGGAGGAACAUGGAAAAGCUUGUUUCGUCACCCUCAUCCGAGACAAAGAUGGAUUUGAAGAAACCUAAAGUGGUUAUAUUAUCCAGAAAUGAUUCGAGAACUAUACUGAACGAAGAUUCUUUGGUUAAACUGAUCGAAGAUAUUGGGUUCCGCGUGGAAGUCUUGAGUCCACAACGAACAACAGAGCUCGCAAGGAUCUAUCGAGUGCUUAACUCAAGUGAUGUUAUGAUCGGAGUUCACGGUGCUGCGAUGACACAUUUCCUAUUCAUGAGGCCCGGUUCUGUUUUCAUACAAAUCAUUCCGCUCGGUACAGAUUGGGCAGCAGGAACCUAUUACGGAGAACCAGCAGCGAAACUAGGACUCAAGUACAUCGGAUACAAAAUUCAUCCGAAAGAGAGCUCCUUAUACGAUGAAUAUGAAAAGAAUGAUCCCGUCCUGACUGAUCCUAACAGCGUGAACGAUAGAGGAUGGGAGUUCACGAAAAAGAUCUACCUUGAUCGACAGAAUGUUAAGUUGAAUCUUGGAAGGUUCCGUAAAAGAUUGCUUCGCGCCUAUUAUCAUUCUGUCGCUAAUGAAAGCGCGCGCUUUCGCCUUCAAAGUCAGUAAUUGUAUACCUUUUUGUGAAAGUUAGUAGAGUUGUACAUCAUGAUUCAGAAUAAAAGAAAUGAACAUUGAUUCUUGUUUGUGUAA